GGUGCUGUCCAACUUCGAGUGCGUACUUGAUGUCGCCAGUGUUGCAAUCCUUAUCCAUACGCGUUGCAGUACCAACUUGUCCCUGCGGCGAUAAUGUGGGACAUCCCCUUCUCGAAUCAGUACGAAUUUUUCACUGUUUUUACUCUUCUGUAGCCGACGAUUUCCAAACGCUGCUCCUAAGUUUUCUUACUCUGCGAAUGUUGAACGCAAGUUUGGUCGAACCCCAAAUCAAAACAGCCAAACAUGAAAAGGAAUCUUCAUUCCUUGCCCAAAACGAAAACCCAUGAAGCUGAGCUUAUGACUCCGACAAAGUCAAAAGAUUUUGGUUCAGCAAAGAUGAAGUUUGGGAAGGAAUUUUUGUCCCAAAUGGUGCCAGAAUGGCAAGAAGCUUAUUUGGAUUACAAUCUUCUGAAAGAAGUGCUGAAAGAUGUCAGCCUAUCGAGGCAGCCAAAAGCUUGUGAUGCUGCAGGGCGGUUGAAGAGAAAGGUAUCUUUGUACAGAGCUUUCAGUGGGCUAACAGGGCGAAGGAAUUCUCCAAAAAAGCAGGAGGAUGCAAUACUUACAAAUAUAGUGCAGAGCGGGUCCGAAGAGAGCUAUCAGAGCAUGUUCUUUAUGUCCUCGGACCAAGGGGGGGAGAAUGAGGUGGUUUUCUUUAGGAGACUUGAUGAUGAGUUCAAUAAAGUGGUGAGGUUCUACAAGAAGAAGGUGGGGGAGCUGAUGGUGGAGGCCGACGAGUUGAGCCAACAGAUGGAUAUUUUGAUUGCUCUAAGGAUAAAGGUGGAGAAGCCGGAGGUCUCAUUCGAAGACGUCGAUGAACAUGUUGAUCUUGCAGGCAGUGCAGCCUCAUCAACUUCAACUGUUAAUUCCAUUAAUGCCAGAACUUCAGAUCUUGUUUUUGAAGGACGGUCACGCUUGGAGGUAACUCAAGAAGUUGAGAUGGAGGAUGAAGCAGCUUUGGGAGAUGAGGAUGUGGAAGAAAAAGAGGCAAAAAGUUACCGCAGGAAGACCAGUAGAGGAACAACUUCUACAAUUAAAGAACUCAGACCAGCUUCACUAGAAUUUUUACCCCAUGUACGGAUUAAUGUCUCUCCUGAAACACCCGUAUCAACAUUAAAAUACAUGGUCACGAGUUCCAAGGCACGGUUAUCGUAUAAUAAGACGGAGUUGAGGAGAUCAGAAGAAUUGAUGACCCGUGCCAUGAUCCAAUUCUACCAAAAGCUUCAAGUUCUAAAAGGAUACAGCUUCUUGAAUACAUUGGCCAUUUCGAAGAUCAUGAAGAAGUAUGAUAAGGUUACCUCACGCAAAGCAUCAAAUGCCUACCUAGAAAUGGUGGAAAAAUCUCCUCUUGGAAGCACUAUUGAGGUUACAAGGCUAAUUGAAAGGGUGGAGACUGCUUUCAUUAAGCACUUUGCAAAUGGAAAUCGAAGAAGAGGGAUGGACAUUUUAAGAAGAAAAAUCAGAAGGGAAAGACAUGGAAUUACAUUUUUCUCUGGUUUCUUCUUUGGCUGCGCUUUUGCACUUGUAGUGGCCAUCAGUGUAAUAAUACACGUAAGAAACAUCUUUAAGAGCGAAGGGCGCACUCAGUACAUGGAUAACAUAUUCCCUCUCUAUAGCCUCUUUGGAUUUAUCAUCUUGCACAUGAUGAUGUACUCUGCGAAUAUAUACUUUUGGAGGCGUUACCGUGUCAAUUACACAUUUAUGUUUGGCUUCAAGCAAGGAACAGAGUUGGGUCACCGGGAGGUCUUUUUUCUGAGUUCAGGUCUUGCUGUGCUAACAUUGGCUUGCAUUCUCUCGAAUUUGGACAUGGAGAUUGACCCGAAAACCAAAAGCUUCGAAGCUAUAACUGAAUUGAUCCCUCUGGCUCUACUCACUGCUGUUCUUCUUAUAAUAUUUUGUCCUUUUGACAUCAUAUUCCGUUCCAGCCGCUUCUUCCUCAUCUGUAGUGCGUUUCAUUUGGUCUGUUCUCCGUUCUACAAGGUUACCCUCCAAGACUUUUUCUUGGCAGAUCAGCUUACCAGCCAGGUGCAAGCCUUCCGAAGUUUGGAAUUCUAUAUAUGCUACUAUGGGUGGGGUGACUUUAUACGAAGAUCAAAUACAUGCUCUGAGAGCAAGAUUUUUGAAGCUUUUUACUUCGUUGUUGCGAUUAUUCCAUAUUGGAUUCGUACUCUCCAGUGCCUUCGACGCUUGCUCGAAGAGAAAGAUGUAAUGCAUGUGUUUAAUGGACUAAAGUACUUCUCAACAGUCAUUGCGCUUGCAAUGAGAACAGGCAAUGAUCUGAACAUGGGGAUGACUUGGAGAAACUUGGCUGCAGUUAGUUCUGCUAUUGCAACAAUUUAUGGCACAUAUUGGGAUAUAGUCUGUGACUGGGGCCUUCUGCGACGAGGCUCGAAAAAUCCAUGGUUGAGAGACAAACUAUUGAUACCCCACAAAAGUGUUUACUUUGUAGCAAUUGUAAUGAAUAUCUUGCUGAGACUUGCUUGGAUGCAGUCAGUAUUAGGUUUUAGGGAAGCUCCAUUCCUCCAUAGGCAAGCCUUAAUUGCCAUCGUUGCCGUGUUGGAGAUUAUUCGACGAGGAAUCUGGAAUUUCUUCAGGAUGGAGAAUGAGCACCUAAACAAUGUCGGGAAGUACAGGGCAUUCAACUCUGUGCCGCUUCCUUUCGACUACGACCACGAUGAGAUGAGGACCCAAUUAUGAAAGACCACUGUUUGAUUGAUUUUUUUAUUCUUACACAUGGCUUGGUUUUCUUUAUAUUUGUAGUUAAAAUGUACAAAGUAAAUUGUUGUAGAAAGAAAGAAAUAAGGUUAGCCUGAGAAUCUGUAAAAAAGAAAAGAAAGAAAGGUAUUAAGAUGUGAUUUUUCAUACAAAUGGAGUGGAUCCUUGGAACAUA